AAUGGGGGCCGCGCCUCCGCGCUGCCCCGCUACCGCCGUGCUCUCGGGGCUCCUCGCGUGCGACCGGGCCCGCCUCCAGCACCCUUUCUUCGGCAGCGCUCCGGGGGCCGUUGCUGGUGGUGGCCCCUCGGUGUGGGGCGGGCCCCGCCGCGGGUCCCUGUGGCCCACGUGAAAUUCCCGGGCGAUGCCGGUUUGGUGGCCCUGGGGCAAUCCCGGCCCCGCUCCAGGUCCCGUGCGUGGCCUUUGCCUCCGUGCAAGUUUGGGGCGCUCUCCCUGCGUGCUCCCGGACGGCAGCACCGGCUGGUGAGUCUUCCCAAUAAAACGCUGCACGUUGACGCUGAACUGGGGUCUCUGAUGGGGUAUCUGGGGGCAUCUCCCCAGAAUCUUGUACUCUGCACACAUGGGAGUGAUUUGGUUUGCAGCUGUAACGUGUUUGCUCUGGAGGAAAAAAAAUCCUAACACUGAUACGCCAGCCCCCCGUGUCGGGCUCCUUUGGGUGCUUGUUCUGCCCCACGUUGCAGAAAAAAAAAUCUUUCUGAAUGCUUUGCCCUCUGUGGUCCUUUCCUUUGGAGCUUUGGAGUCUUUUCCAUGUGUUAAUCAAGGUUUGUCGGAGGGGGAAGGAAAUACCAAUUUUCUGUAUUAACAGAUAUGGGAAACUGAGGCUGGGACGUGCUGGGAUUCACCCAGCAUCAGCCAGCAGGUCUGAUACAGCUGGGGAUAGUGGAUGGGGCUGACAGAUCCUUGUUCUAAAACUGUAACUUACCUGAAAUUUCUAAUAAAAAUGAACAGUUUGUUACAUUUUUGUAUCAUCUCUUUUUCUGGAGACUCUGCACGUCAUGUUUUGCGUAGCCGAGACUCUUUCCUCUCUAGAUGUGGAAGGUGGUAGCGGUGUAGUCUGGGAAGGGAAAGGGGUAACGGCAAAGUGUGUCACGUUUACUUGCAGCUUCUUUGAAGAAAAGAUGUAACCCGUGGCUGUGAAGCUUUUUGUUUUCCCUAAAUCCUGUACGCAUGCAUCGAUUUCCCCUUGUCUUGAAACGUAAGCGCUGGCCUGAUUUAACGCUGUUUCUCUGGUGUGGAUGAGCCACAACUUGGUUUGACUGGAGUUGCUCUUUAUUUUUACAUCCUUCUUGGUGAAUAUGUAUGGGUUUGCUCUUAUUAAAAAGAAAAAAAAAGUAAAAUGCUUUUGAUGAAGAUUGCUUUGAACUGGUAAACUCAUGUUAUUGUUACUUCUGUGUGGGGCCAGUUCAAGUAUCAGGAUAACAAAGAUUUUCAAUUAAAUAUUGCCUGUGAGCUGUACUGAAGUUACAUGAUUGAGGAAUAAAAUAUCAGCAGCUGAGUCUUUUUCCUUCAGUGCAGGGCAUGGGGAUGCCUGAUUACCUGAUGGGCUCAGCAGGGUCAGGGCCUUGCUGAUAUUUCUAUAAUAGAUGUUUUUCUUGUGUUUUUUUUGCAUGUUAAAGAAAAAAAUCAUCAUGAUUUAAAUGUGGCAGAAAUGCAGCUGGGCAGAGUGGAGCGUGGCAGCUGUUGAACAAUGCCCAGCCACUGCACAAAGGUUCGGGGCAGCAGACUGCUGGAACUGUAUCCUAUUGAAAUUGCAGAUUAAGUUACUGCAAACGGGCAGGAUUGCUUCCCUCUGGGCCUGCAGUUCUGCUGCCAAAUUGGUUUAAUAUGACAACUUGUUUGUGCGUGAAACACUUAGAACUGGAAGAGACAUAGCGGUGGAGAGCAAAAAUAAAUACCGUGGGGAAGAAGCCUGCGUGGAGUGUGGGAGGGAUGGCUGCGUAGCCCAGGAGGCUUUGUCUGCUCUGCCUUGGGUGAAGCCCAGGCUUGGUGACUCUUCCUUGAAUCUGCUCGGUGUCACAUGCACCUCGGGGGCUCCUGGUGACUGGACAGGUAGCUUGGAUUGUUUCCUGAUAAGAAACCUGGGCACUGUGUAGCUGGAAAACAGUGGUAUGCAGUUGCUGCGAGGCAUGGGUGGCCCCGGAGGACAAACUUUUGAGGUUUUGUGGGAAGAUGCGGGAGCAAUUGCACUUGAAAACUUGCCUACAGAGGAAGACUAGACACUGAUGGGAGCAGGAGCGGUGGCGUGUGCGCGGAGCCAGGGUGAGGAGGUGACAUUAGGGUCUCUGCUCUUGGGGAAGGAUCUCUCAGACUAGUCAAGCACUUCACUCAUGGACUUUGAGAAGAGACUCCCCAGUUCUUCCUGGGCUGUUUGCUAACGCUCCCUGAGCCUGGCCUUGCUCUGUGCUGCCAUGUUGGUGUUCGCAAGCAACGUUUCAGAUCAUAUCCUGCAGGUCGGAUUUUCUCACUCGGGUUUCUUCCCUGCUCUUACGCUCUGUCUGUGGCUCCUUCCCCUGUCCCAAGCGUCUGCCUGCAGCACCAGCACCUGGAGCAGACCCUGCUGCUUUGGAGGAAGGCGUCGCAGUCAUUGUUAACGAAAUCCGAAAAUGUGAAGUUUGUAAUUAUUGAGAUUUCGGGGGGCUUGGAAGUAGCAAGUCCUGUCAAGUGGUGUGGGAUGUGUCUGGCAUCCCUCGUACUGGGGAGACAAUAGGCAGGGCACAGCUACUCAGAGCUGAUCCCCUUCUAACCACCCAGGUUGGGCUCUUCCCCUGAAGCCCAGUGUGAGGUUAUAAAACUCCACUUGCUUUGGAUGCUCCAUGGCCUGAACUCUUACUGGGAUUUUUUUUUUUGCUUCAAGCAGUUACCUAACGACAUUACUGACUGUUAUUCAUUGUUGGCAUCUAGUUUGCUUUUUUGCUAGUUUUUUUAAAGCCAGAAUACCUAAUAGAAGAAAACUUAAUAUUUCUGGUUCUGGGGAGUAAUUGAAGCAAUCAAAACUAGGCAGUUCUACAAGGGCAGCAUAUUAUUAAAACAAUAUCCCACAGACCUGUAGCACCACUUAUUACUGGAGCGUUUUUGCUUCCCUUUCCCUGCUUUGAAGGCAAGAAAGGAGAAGAGGAAGUAGUUGAUGUGUCUCAGGCUCUGUGAUGUCCUACUCUCCAAGUGCAAUUUCUUUAGAGGUUGGUUUUUUUUUUUCAAGCAUUCCUUGCUCCAGCUGAUCACUGCAGCCUCUUAGGGCCCUGGUCAUGGCAGAUCUGUGCCUGCUCACUCAUGUUUUAGCAGCAAGUUCUCAAACCCUUUACCCCAAGUACUUCUGCUCCUGGGUCCUGAUUGCUCCUGCCUGGGUGCAGGUGAUGUUUCAUUUGGAGCCCUCUGCUGUGGUAGUGGUGGAGAAACCUCGAGAAGUACAAGUGGCCUUUUUGUUUUGGGGGCACACAGAAAUGGUAGCCUGGCCCACUGACUUUCGGGGAAGCAGUGGGGAGGGUGGGGGCCCACGACGGCUUUACUGGCUGCCUCACCCACGCGAUUGUUCAGUCUCGGUCCUGCCUUUUGUUUUCGGUUUCUAACAGUCUGUUCUCUCUUCUCCCCGACCCACCACAGAGUUCUACCUUGUAAAUACUGUUAUUUGUAUAUACUGUAAAUGAUGACAUCGGUGGGCACUAACCGAGCCCGGGGGAACUGGGAGCAGACACAGACACAGAGCCAGACACAGCACAAGCAGCGGCCGCAGGCCACUGCGGAACAGAUUCGACUUGCACAGAUGAUUUCGGACCACAACGACGCUGACUUUGAGGAGAAGGUGAAACAACUGAUUGACAUCACAGGCAAGAACCAGGACGAGUGUGUGAUUGCUCUGCAUGACUGCAACGGAGAUGUUAACAGAGCCAUCAACGUGCUGCUGGAGGGCAAUCCGGACACGAUAAACACGUUGCUCGUGAAAAUAGAAUCCAGGAUAGUGCGGAGCAACCCGCGUCACGUAGCAGCACCUCCUUUAUUCGAGUAG